UUCUUGCGGCGGGAGGAGGGCGAGGGCUUCACUGCCGGACCAGAGUGCGCAGCCAGGGGAGCAGGCGGAGAACGGCGCUGAACCGCCUCACGCUCCAUCUGCUCCAGCAGCAGUGGAGAGGAUAGAACCUCCAGGUCGGUCGGCAGAUUCCUCAUCGCCUCCUCCUUCUGCCGUUCAACCCAGCGAUCCAAGGCGUCUGCCUUCAACGUGUCCGCGGGGUCCAUGGUUGGCGGAAACAUUCUGUUAGUUUGCGAGAUAUAGGACCCCAGAAUGCAGACGAGCAGGCAGCGUGAUGCAGCAACUGGACAACAUUCCUCCAUCUUCACUGUGAAAGUUGGUGAUGAUGUCGCUUUGCCUUGUGAAAAGGAGACAGAUGAUCAGAAUAACUGCAACAAAAUAGUCUGGAUUUCUACUAAUUUCCUGCGAACAGAAACCGUGUUUGAUGAUGGGCAGAUUCUUGCAGAUACAACUGAAUCAGGCAGACUGAGUGUUGUGGCAAACUGUUCUCUGCUUAUAAAGAAUGUCACAGAAGUGGAUGUGGGGCGUUACACCUGCAGGCGGCUCAAAUCAGGACAAUGGAACGACUUCAAUGCCCAUCUGUCUGUUCUUACCAUGACUGAACAGAAAAAUGAUGAUACAAUCACCUUGUUCUGCUCCUUGUUGAACUACGGAAAGUGUAGACACAACAUGGAGUGGCUGUUUGAAGGAAAGGAGAACAUUUUCUUAGAGCUGGAGACAUCGUCACGUUCCUGCUCGGCCACUGUCACAUUUCCAACGUCCCAACCUGAUCAAAACCCAAAGGUUUUUCAGUGUCAACUGACAAACCGUUACAAUAAAGACAUUCAGCUGUUCAACUUAAGAUAUCAGUCGUCAGUUGAGAAAACAGGUGAGAACAUGAUGUAGUGGUUAAAAUCUAAAACCGUGGGUUUAUUUUAAUGGUGUAAAGCCUAAAUAUACAACAAUCAUUCAGAUCAGUAAGUUAAUGAUUCAAUCUUUCAUCUUUAUAUGUUUAAAGUCUGAUGAUAGGUUGUCAUUUUUAACAGUUGCAAUAUACAUAUUUAAUAAUAUAUUUAUAGACUUUCCAUAUGUGGUGAGAUGCAUCAUUGUGCCACUGGCUUUGGUAGCAUACCUAAUAUCUGUCGUUACAGUCAACAUUUGGACAAAAACUAAAGGUAAGAGCAUUUACAUACAAAAUUUGUGGUUUUAUUCGUUCACGUUUUCAAAGAGAUAUUUACUAUAAAAAAAAAAACGUUGUAAUUUGGUAUUUGUUAUUAACAAACCUCGGGUUGAAAAAAAACAGACUUUAAGCUCUUGAAAUUACCUCUUUUAUUUUACACAACUAAAUAAGAGAUUGUAUAAAAACCAAUACAAUGAAAUCUAACUCUCUCUUCCACAUAUUGAAUGUUGUGUUUGUCUACAGCGGCACACUGAUACAGAUAAAGGUACAGUAAUGGAGACUGGAGAGCUUUAUUCUGUUAAACACCACUGCAGCAGCUUAAACUUACCACAGGAAUGGGUCUAACUACUGAAAGUUAAGUGCCCCAAGUAUUUGUGGUUUAGCUGAAUGUCACCUGCAAUCCUGUGUUUUGAUUUAAAUCUUUAGUGGCUCCAUCAUUUUCAUUGUCGUCCAAAACCUUAGACGC